CGUGGCUUCGUCGACCCUCUGCAGCGAACGGCAGCUACAGGAGGAAGAGGAGGAAGGAAACACGGAGCUGAGGAGGAAGUGGACGAUGAAGAAAAGACUCUGAGAGGAUUUUCUUCUGCUUUUUAAAUUAAACAACAACAUGAUCCGGAUCCUGAGUCGAGCGGCUCCUCAGGCCAGGCUGAGUGACGUGCUGAGGGAGACGAGCUGCAGACUGCACAGCACGUAUGACGUGGCCGUGGUGGGCGGAGGCAUCGUGGGCUUGGCCACAGCCCGAGAGCUCAUCCUGCGACACCCGUCCCUCAACUUCAUCCUGGUGGAGAAAGAGAAGGAGCUCGCCUUUCACCAGAGUGGACACAACAGUGGAGUCAUUCACAGCGGGAUCUACUACACCCCCGGCUCGCUGAAGGCCCGGCUGUGUGUGAAAGGAGCCACGUUAGCCUACGAGUACUGUGACAAGAAAGGACUGCCUUACCAGAGAUGUGGAAAGCUCAUCGUGGCUGUGGAUCAGGAGGAGAUUCCCCGGCUGAAAGCUCUGCACGAGCGUGGGAUAAAGAACAAUGUGCGAGACCUCAGCAUGAUCGACGGCAAGGCCAUCCGAGAGCGGGAGCCUUACUGCAGAGGCAUCAUGGCCUUGGACUCGCCCUACACCGGCAUCGUGGACUGGAGGAUGGUGGCUCUGCAUUACGGCAAAGACUUUGAGGAGGCAGGCGGCAAGGUGGUCACCGAUUAUGAAGUCAAAGACAUUUCCAUGGUCAAGGAGAGCUCAGCUGGAAGCACUGAAGGAAUGAAGUAUCCAAUCGCAAUCAAAGACAAGAAGGGUAACGAGGUGCGGUGCCGGUACGUCCUGACCUGUGGAGGUCUGUACUCCGACCGCCUGUCCCAGAUCUCCGGCUGCAGCCGGGAGCCGCGGAUCGUCCCCUUCAGGGGAGACUACCUGGUCCUGAAACCAGAGAAACACUACUUGGUCAAAGGAAACAUCUACCCGGUUCCUGAUCCCCGUUUCCCCUUCCUGGGAGUUCACUUCACCCCCCGGAUGGAUGGAAGCGUUUGGCUCGGGCCUAACGCGGUUCUGGCCUUCAAACGGGAGGGUUACAAAGUGUACGACUUCAACGCCAAAGACUUUGUAGAUGCACUCUCAUUCAGGGGUCUUCAGAAGCUGGUGCUGAAGAACAUCUCGUAUGGGAUGGGAGAAAUGUACAGAGGCGUCUUCAUCGGUGCGCAGGUUAAAUUGCUGCAGAAGUACAUUCCUGAACUCUCGCGGAGUGACGUGCUCAGGGGUCCGGCAGGAGUCCGAGCUCAAGCCCUGGACCGGGACGGCAACCUUGUGGACGACUUUGUGUUCGAUGGCGGCGUCGGGGACGUGGGCAGCCGGGUGCUCCACGUGCGUAACGCUCCCUCGCCAGCGGCCACCUCCUCCCUCGCCAUCGGGGAGAUGAUCGCAGACGAGGUGGAGGGCCGCUUCUCGCUGUAGAGAAGAACGCUGGUCGCUAGGAGGAAAACAGCUAAACCAAAAAUCAAAUAUAACUGUCACUGCAUCAGCAGCAUCAUGAAGCUUUUUAUAACAAGUUAAGCCUUAAUCAAGGGAGGGGGGCACAUGUGACCUUACAUAUCUGUGACUUAAUUACAUUUUCAGACUGUUUUUACUUAAGCUACUUCAGGUUGUAUAAUAUGUCUGUUUCACCACUUUUCACAGUAAAAAUCUAUUUUUCUCAA